CCCCCCACUCCAUGCCGGAUCCCACCGGAGGCAAGGCCCCAGCACCCAAGGGUUGCCUCUUGUUGCCCCACCCCCACCGGAGCCCUCCUUGGCUAGACAGUGGGGGUGGGGAGGCGGGGCGUGUCUCCCGAGAGCAGGGUGUGGCCAGUGGUCCAAAUGGUCACUCACUGAUGGCCCUCCUAUCCCGACCCGGGAGAGAUCCCCCUACCCCACACCAUGCCGGCGGGCCGGGUGGGCUGAGGGUGCGGAGACCCCGAGACCCUGAGACCGCAGUCCGCUGGCGGAGCUCAGAGCAGACUUGGGGAGGUGCUGCGGCUCCGGGCUGUCAGGUUCCGCCGCCCUCCCGGCUUCACUUCCUCCAGCAGCCCCUGCAGCCCCGGAGGCCCGGGAUCCCAGCUGUCCGCGGCCCCGGACGCCGCGCCCUAGCCUCGGCCGCCCUGCCGGGCCUCAGCUGGACCUCCUACCCCUACCCAGGCUGGGAAGAAGAAGGAGCUUCUGACAGCUCUGUCACCAAGGUUUGAGCCAGACAGAGCAGCCUCCUCGCCCUAGGAUGGCCUCGCCCUCCAGCCCUCCGGCAUUCAGGCUCCAGACAUGGGAUGGAGACCAAGAAGAUGGUGGUGAGGCAGACAGAGAAAAGCAUGGCCAUGGGGUUGGGCCACCCCCCAUGGAGUCGCCUUUCCAGGGGGAGGACCGGAAGUCCUCCCCUCAGAUCAAAGUGAACCUCAAGUACCGCAAACCAGCAGGUGUCAGCCAGCCGGACCCAAACCGCUUUGACCGUGAUCGGCUCUUCAGCACGGUUGCCCGGGGUGUCCCCAAGGAUCUGGCUGGGUUACCAGAGUACCUGUCCCGGACCAGCAAGUACCUCACCGACCCAGAGUACACAGAGGGCUCCACGGGCAAGACGUGCCUGAUGAAGGCCGUGUUGAACCUUCGGGAUGGAGCCAACGCCUGCAUCCUGCCCUUGCUCCAGAUCGACAGGGACUCUGGCAAUCCCCAGCCCCUGGUCAACGCCCAAUGCACGGAUGAGUACUACCGAGGCCACAGUGCCCUGCACAUUGCCAUCGAGAAGAGGAGCCUGCAGUGUGUGCAGCUCUUGGUGGAGAAUGGGGCCAAUGUACAUGCCCGGGCCUGUGGCCACUUCUUCCAGAAAAAGAGCCAGGGGACUUGCUUCUACUUUGGCGAGCUGCCACUCUCCCUGGCCGCGUGCACCAACCAGUGGGAGGUGGUGACCUACCUGCUAAAAAACGAGCAUCAGCCCGCCAGCCUGCAGGCGACAGACUCCCUCGGCAACACGGUGCUGCACGCCUUGGUGAUGAUCGCAGACAACUCAACCGAGAACAGCGCCCUGGUGAUCGACAUGUAUGACAGGCUUCUCCGUGAGGGGGCCCACCUCUGCCCCACAGUGCAGCUCGAGGACAUCCCCAAUCUGCAGGGACUCACGCCCCUGAAGCUGGCCGCCAAGGAGGGCAAAAUCGAGAUUUUCAGGCACAUCUUGCAGCGGGAGUUCCCAGAGCCGUGCCAGUCACUUUCCCGCAAGUUUACAGAGUGGUGCUAUGGGCCAGUCCGGGUGUCAUUGUAUGACCUGGCCUCUGUGGACAGCUGGGAGGAGAACUCAGUGCUGGAGAUCAUCGCCUUUCAUUGCAGAAGCCCGGACCGGCACCGAAUGGUGAUUUUAGAGCCACUGAACAAGCUGUUGCAGGCGAAGUGGGAUCUGCUAAUCCCCAAAUUCUUCUUCAACUUCCUGUGUUACUUGAUCUACACGGUCCUCUUCACCUUAGUUGCCUACCACCAGCCGGCCCUGGAGAAGGCCUUCUUCCCCCGGGAAGUGACUGCUGGAGACUCCCUGCUGCUGCUGGGCCACAUCCUGAUUCUGCUUGGGGGCAUCUACAUCCUCGCGGGCCAGCUGUGGUAUUUCUGGAGGCGCCGUCUCUUCAUCUGGAUCUCCUUUGUGGACAGCUACUUUGAGCUGCUGUUCCUGGUCCAGGCCCUGCUCACGGUGCUGUCCCAGGUGCUGUGCUUCCUGGCCGUGGAGUGGUACCUGCCCCUGCUUGUGUCCUCACUGGUGCUGGGCUGGCUCAACCUGCUUUACUAUACACGUGGCUUGCAACACACGGGCAUCUACAGUGUCAUGAUCCAGAAGGUCAUCCUGCGGGACCUGCUCCGCUUCCUGCUCGUCUAUUUAGUCUUCCUUUUCGGCUUUGCUGUAGCCCUGGUGAGCCUGAGCCGGGAAGCCCAGGACCCCAGGGGCCCCAGGGGCCCCAAUGUCACGGAGGCAGCAGCACAGUCUGGGGCAGGAGGGACAGAGGAGGAGGGCAGCUCCACCCCAUACGGCGGCAUCCUGGACGCUUCCUUGGAGCUGUUCAAGUUUACGAUCGGCAUGGGUGAGCUGGCCUUCCAGGACCAGCUGCGCUUCCGCGGGGUCGUGCUCCUGCUGCUGCUGGCCUACGUGCUGCUGACCUACAUCCUGCUGCUCAACAUGCUCAUCGCCCUCAUGAGCGAGACCGUCAACAGUGUCGCCUCCGACAGCUGGAGCAUCUGGAAGCUGCAGAAAGCCAUCUCCGUCCUGGAGAUGGAGAAUGGCUACUGGUGGUGCAGGAGGAAGAAGCAGCGGGCCGGUGUGAAGCUGACUGUUGGCACCAGGCCGGAUGGCAGCCCCGAUGAGCGCUGGUGCUUCAGGGUGGAGGAGGUGAACUGGGCCUCGUGGGAACAGACACUGCCGUCCCUUUGUGAGGAGCCGUCAGGGCCAGCCGUCCCUGGCACCUUGAAGAAUCCUGCCCCAGCCUCCCAAGUAGAGGAGGACACUGCCUCAGAGGAAGAUCAGCUGCCCCUCCAGCUCUUAAAGUCCCAGUAAUGGCCCAGAUUCAGGACAGAGUCAGGGGGACCUUCCCAGCCCUACCUGGUGGCUCUGGACCUCCAGGGAACUUCGGUGGCAAAUGUAAAUAAAUAUUUUCUUAUCACGAA